AUGCAGGCGCUGGCUCUGCGGCCCGGGGCCCCACCGGUGAUCAGGUUAACCGGGAUCAGGCCGCCGCAGCCCUAUAACAGCGAUGCCUUGCAGCAAGUAGGGUGGAAAUUGGUGCGGCUAGCUGAAACGAUAGGCGUGGAGUUCGAAUUCCGUGGAUUUGUGACAAAUUCGCUGGCCGAUCUCGAUGUGGCGAUGCUGGAAAUUAGGGCAGGCGAUGAUGAGGAGACGGUGGGUGUGAAUUCCAUUUUCAAGCUGCAUCAGCUGCUAGCCCAGCCCAGUGCGGUUGAGAAGGUUCUAAAUUCGACCAAGGCAAUGCGGCCGAAGAUCGUGACGGUGGUGGAGCAAGAGGCGAACCACACUGAAGUGGUCUUGUCCUCUGUCUCGACUCUAAUGUCGAAUGACUAG